CCGUGCAGGGGGAGGCUACUAACUGUCCCAUCAAAGUCAAAUAUCGAUUCCAGAUUUUCCACAUCAACUGCUUCAAAUGUAAAACCUGUGAUAAAACUCCUGGCAGGAUCGUCAUUCUACAACAUUGAGAACAAUCCCACGUGCGGUGAAUGUUACAAUAAAACACUCGAGAAUUGCCACAAAUGCCACCAAAAGAUUACCGAUCGCCUUCUACGAGCCCGUGGUGGUGUAUGGCACGUGAACUGUUUCACUUGCGAGAGUUGUAAGAAAUCACUGGAUGGCGUUCCGUUCACCUCCGAUCCGGAAAACAACGUUUAUUGUGUGGGCUGUUAUCAAGAGUGA